GAGGAAGAAAAAAAACAAGCACGUCCUUUUCGCAAGGUUCCCUUCAACCUUUCUUUCUCAUUCGCACGACAAUCCGAAAACCAGUGGAUAGAGAUAAAAUUUGCACACACUUUUUCUCCCCCCCACCCCCCCCUCCCUCCUAACUCCAUCUCUAUCUAUCUUCUCUCUUCUCCUCCGAUCUGAAUUUCUUGGUUAGGGUUGGGAUUCAAUUUCUCAAUUUGGGGAUUUCCAGAUCCGAACAGCAGCUCCUUCCAAACUUCUCAAUUCCCGAAAAUACGAGAGUAACUGGCUCGAAUUCUAUUGGUGCUAGUUGUGGCAUUGUUAGGAAAAAUAUGUCCCAUUACGCUGGAUACGUGGAAGAUGAAUACGAAAUGGAAGAUGUAGAUGAUGAUAUGGAUGACGAGUUUCGUGGUAGAGAAAUGGGCGGCUCAGAUUCUGAUGUUGAUGAAUAUGAGUACUUGAAUAGCAAAGCAGCUGAUACAACUGCUGCUCAAGCAAGAAAAGGAAAAGACAUCCAAGGUAUUCCUUGGGAUAGACUUAGCAUUACUAGAGAAAAAUACCGGCAAACUAGGUUAGAACAAUACAAGAAUUAUGAAAACAUUCCUAAUUCUGGAGAAGGGUCAGGGAAGGAUGGCAAAGAUACAAAGAAAGGAUCUUUAUAUUAUGAGUUCAGAAGAAAUGCUAGAUCAGUGAAAUCAACCAUUCUUCAUUUCCAGGUGUGCUAAGGGCAAGUCUGCCUUC